CUGAAUGUGCUCUGCUGAAGUCACGGAACUCUUACAAGUCUUACAAAAAUGUACAUGUGGAGUUUCAUGUUGUUUUUGAUCCCUGUACAGGGUGUGUUUGGGGCUAGUUCAGAGGCAGAUGAUACAAUAUCGGUGAUGGAGGAAGAUUCUGUCACCCUACAUAUUGGUGUUUCUGCAAUAAAGAGAGAUGAUCAGAUACUAUGGAGGUUUGGACCUGAAAACUCUCGUAUUGCUGAAAUCUACAAGCAGAACAUCCCAACAUAUGACAUUAAUGAGAGAUUCAAAGACAGACUGGAGAUGAAUAAUCAAACUGGUUCUCUUACCAUCAAAAACAUCAAAAUAAUACACUCUGGACUUUAUAAACUAACGAUCAUCAGCAAUGGGGGAACUUCAGACAAGUGUUUCAGAGUUACUGUCUAUGCUCAUCUGCCUGUUCCCAACAUUACAAGAGACUUUUCACAAUGUUCAUCCUCAGGAUUAUCAGUGUCUAAAUGUUCAGUGCUGUGUUCAGUGGUGAAUAUGAGAGAUGUCAGUCUCUCCUGGUACAAAGGAAACAGUUUAUUGUCCAGCAUCAGUGUGUCUGAUCUCAGCAUCAGUCUCUCUCUACCUCUGGAGGUGGAAUAUCAGGAUAAAAACACCUACAGCUGUGUGAUCAACAAUCCCAUCAGAAACCAGACCAAACAUCUGGACAUCAGUGAACUCUGUCAGCCAUGCACAGGUAUUAAAUUUUAUUGUUGUGGUUCUGCUGAAGCUGUGAUCCGAUUGGUCAUCUCUGUUGUGGUGGGCAUGGCUACUGUUGCUGUACUAGUUGAUCACUUCAGAUCUGUCAGUGAUGAUGUUAGAGCACAAACAUCUCCAUCAUUCCCUUAA